AUGAAUCCGCUGUCUCAACAGCCCCCCGAUUCCACCACUCUCGCUCGUCUAUCAUUAGCCAAAUUCUCUCAUACGACGACAUCACUUAACCACCGAGGGCCACUCCACUGGAGCCAUGUGAUGGGAAACGGGAACCUGAUCGGCAUAUUUGAGAAGCGCGCAAUGACAAGUUUCACACCAGACAGAGUACUAUUGAAGGUCCUUGGUGUCCAUGAGACCCUGGAAGAGAUCGACCUUACCCACUUCGCUAUCGAGUCCGGAAACAUAACCCAUUUUAGCCAAAGUGCAGCGUCAAAACCAAUCUUCGCUGUAGUCGUGAAGCUACCCUGCCUUGCAGUGAAAUACCCACGAGGAAACAUGGUUCACCGCUUCCAGAUCAAGUUCUCCUUCGACCGAGACUUCUAUACGGCUUUGGCCAUUCUCAGCGAUAUGAAAUGCCCAUUCUCGGAGGCCAGUGUUGGCUCCAUGCGGAAACUAACCUCAUCUCAGUGGAACUCGGGAUCAAUCGAGUGCGGAUCUAUAGCCAGGGAGCCAACAUAUGGCUUGGGAAUGCCGGGUUCAUCUGCUUCUCAUCCCGUUACUCUAUUCCAACACCCCUCAACAACCAGUACAUCGGGUUCAUCAUCUAGCGUUACAGCAGGCAAGUAUCCUAGACUCCCAAUGACAGACAUUAAAACCUAA